GACAUUCCUGAAACGAAGUGGGGUGACGAUGAAGACACUAGACAUGUUCACCUUACUGUCGGUGAUUUAUAUUUCGUUUUUCACAUUUGGAGGUGUGGCGGCUUCCUCAUUUAAAUUUGCAAGUUCCUACGGUGACCAUAUGGUGCUGCAACAAUCACCACACAAGUCUACAAUAUGGGGGUUUGCAUCUACUGCGGGGGAGAUUGUCACCGUCCACGUACCUGGGAAGGGAUCCGUGACGACAGCCACAAGGUCAGGAAAUGAUCCUGGUGUUGUUGUGUGGACUGCGCAGCUUCCGCCAAUGGACGCUGGUGGCCCAUACACUAUCACAGUUACAUCGAGAGAAGGGAAUCUAACGCUGUCCGAUGUCCUGUUUGGUGACGUAUGGGUUUGUUCUGGCCAGAGCAAUAUGCAAUUCACGAUGAAUAUGGCGAACAAUUCAGCAGCUGAGAUUAAGGAUGCAGACAAUUAUCCAAACAUUCGUCUGUUCACACCUAUGCAAACAACGUCUAUCAAACCGGAAGCAGACUUUUUAGAACUGCAUCACGGCUGGGUCGUUUCUUCGAGAGAAACAGUAGGCGGGAAAACGUGGCAGUAUUUCUCCGCACUGUGUUUUAUGUAUGGAAAACAUCUUUAUUCAACUCUCAAGUACCCCAUUGGGCUGGUAGCAACGUCAUAUGGAGGGACUCUUGUUGAAGCCUGGUCGUCUCCAGACGCCCUCGACAAAUGCCUCAGCAAAAAUGAGAUACCUGCGAUCAAAUACAAGAAUGGUACAGUCGACCCCUCAACAUAUUCCAGUCUUUGGAAUGCAAUGGUGUAUCCUCUUCUGAACAUGACGAUAUAUGGCGCUAUCUGGUAUCAAGGUGAAUCAAAUAUUUGGCCUCAACAAAGACUAGACAGUUACAACUGCACAUUCCCAGCAAUGAUAGAUGAUUGGAGGCGAAAGUUUUCAGAUGCGUCUGGUGGACAAACGUCAGAUAUGUUCCCCUUUGGAUUUGUACAGCUGGCUCCGUACAGAAAAGGGAAGGUUUAUUCUGGAUGGCCAACUUUGAGAUGGCACCAGACAGCUGACUGUGGUUACGUCCCAAACGCCAGGUUGAAGAACACCUUCAUGGCCGUAGCCAUGGAUCUGCCAGACUUUACGUCUCCAUAUGGAAGCAUCCAUCCAGAAUAUAAGCAGGACAUCGCAGACAGAUUGUACACUGAGGCAAUGAUCGUGGCUUACAACAGAACUGACAUGCUCAACCGACGAGGACCUUUCCCUUCAGGUUUUACAGAAGUGGUGGAUUUGAAAACUGUAAUUAUUUCAUAUGCAAACUCCAAGACAACAAUUGAAAUGAGAACUAACAAUGGAUUUGAGACUCAUCCUUUCUACAAUUUAUAGAUGAAAUAUCCCCAAUCGGUCCCAUGUGAGCGACGCUUCUCGUAUGAGACUUGUUAAAUGCGUAUCAAUGCACAUGUACCCGGACAGCAUGAGGCGUUGCUGUUGUUGCUGUUGCUGAUAUUGCUGCUAAUGAUGAUGAUGAUCUGCCUAAAUAUGUUUGUAGCUGGAAUAUUGCUAACUGUAGCGUUAAGCAACAACUAAAAUAUAAUUUGUUGAUAAUCGAAAGUUAUUUCCGUGUGUAGCACUGGGACAGUAAUAAGGUCAUCAACAGGUAUUAAUUCAACACUGCUUACCGCGACAUGUGGUGGUCCAAACAACAUGAAAAUGGACACACUUGACAUUUGGAGACAAAUACAAUGUAGAUUAUCUAGAUUCUCAUGUUUCACCAUGUUCAUGUCAAUUGCACUUGCGUGGUUCUGCGGAUAUCAAGAAUGAUACUUUUUCUAGUGGGAAUUAUGUGUUAUCAGCAGAGUUAUGCCUGCUUUUGGAGGAAUGGUCUCUUUAACGUUUUCUGUUUACAUUCAGUAUGGUUGAAUACGGACUGUACUAUACUACAGUGGAAUACUAAACCAUUGUAUUGUAUUGGGGCAAUAGUUCUUAUGUAAUGACUCAAUGUGGAUUCUACUACACAACAUGAAGUAUGUUAUAUACUGUAGGGAACCUCAGAACCAGAUGGUUUACAAUAUUUUAUCUGGAAACAUCAUGGUACCCUCACUCCAACCUCAGUGUAACAUGCCAUAUUCUAA